AUGCCUCUGCGCUCCCUCCGCCCCGGCAAAAGCGAACGAGACCUCAAGCGACGGAGUACCCUCGACCCUGCCGGCUUCUUCAAGCGCGCCGACAAGGACGCGCGCUUCGACAAGUCGGCCGAGCAUCUGGACCCAGGUCGGAUCGCUGCCUCUGAAGAUGGCUACCGGCCCACGUCCACAGACAUUGCGCGGCCCUCGACGGGCCACGAUGAUGACGACUCCCCGCCUUCUCCGCCCGUACAGCAACACACGCCCAACACCAAGCGCUUCAGUCUGAUGCGCUUCCGCCAUGCCUCUGAUCCGCAACUCUCCGCCAAGGCAAAGGAACAUGCCGCCCGGGACGACCAUGUACCACCGGUCCCUCCUGUGCCCGGCAACCCUGCGCCGCCCGCAAUCAUCACCACUGCCCCUACCGUAGCCGACCACGAAGACGAGGACACGACUCCACCCAAGAGGAGCAGGAUGCAGCAAUUCACCCUCCGCAGGCGUUCUUUCGAUCCUACGACGUUUGACAAACCGACCACACUGCGCAAGUCGAUGGAGAAGAAGCGGAAGCCACUAGGCUUCAAGAAGAGCCAUGGAGACCUCCUGGAUGAGAAGGAGCGAGCGUCGACGAGCAGCCAACGCCGGCCUGACGUGCUUGCCGAGUCGCGAGAGUCUGCAGAAAGCACGAGUUCCCUAGCUCCUCCUACCAGGGCAUCCGAGUCUUCAAGAUCGGAUGGAAGCUCUGGCGGACACGUUUCCUUUGAAUCAACCCCACGACCUUCUCACCCGGCCCGCGUUGGCUCUGGACGAUUUGGCUUCGGGCGUCGGAAACAACGUGCAUCAUUAUUCCCACUCCCUAUGAAGAUCGAGCCUCCGCAAUUCCCCGACACAGCGCCUGCCACGCCACGCCAGUCCACCGGCGCGAGGAGCUCCGCCUCAAUCCAUCAUUCGCCCACGGAAAGUCCUCCGUUAACCGCGCGUCGAUUCACUCAUGGAGAAUCUGAGGCACAGACGCCACCAGUCCCUUCUGCAUCGCAAGUUGCUCUAGCUGCUGGUGCUCUGAAUUUGGCCUCAUCUGCUCCAGGCACUCUUUUUCGCAACGACUCGUACAGGUCAACCCGAUCCGCGCAUACCUCACCAAACAACAAUGGUCCAGCUCGCAUGGGGCUUAGGGGGCGUUCAUCGACUAUGGGAUCAAUGGGCGGGCGGUCUGACGGUGCAAGUUCGCCAACACCACCUGGUGGACCUAGCGGAAGGAAUUCCACCUCCACAGCAGGAAGAAGCAGCUUCAGCAAUCUGUUCGGCUUGAGUUCAAGAUUUCGUCAGAACUCUGAGCCCCAUUCACCUAGGCAUGGUUCUCCUGCUCACGGGUUUCUAGGAAGCUCAGCCUUGUCAUCGCACCAAAACUCGAUGAACAUCAGCCGGGAAACACUUAUAUUACCAGAACGGGAGGAGGGUGAGACACCUGGACGAUAUUUGGAAAGGAUCGAGGCAAACAACUUCGACAAGAGCGUUGUUGCCAGCUAUCUCAGCAAGACUGACGAUCCGUUCCUCCUUGCGGUGUUGCGAAGCUACAUGCGAAAGUUUGCCUUCUUUGGCGAUCCAAUCGACAUGGCCAUUCGCAAAUUGCUCAUGCAGGUCGAACUACCCAAGGAGACCCAGCAGAUUGACCGUGUGCUGCAGGGUUUCGCUGACCGGUAUCAUGAGUGCAACCCCGGCAUCUAUAUCAGCACAGACAAGGCUUACUUUAUAUCGUUCUCGAUCAUCAUCCUGCAUACGGACGUCUUCAACAAAAACAACAAGCGGAAGAUGCAAAGGCCGGACUACAUCAAGAACUCAUCUUGCGAUGGUGUCUCGGCUGACGUGCUAGGCUGCUUUUACGAUAACAUUGUUUAUACUCCAUUCAUCCACAUCGAGGACGAGGUCGACCUGAAGAACAUCACCUCGAAGAAAAGCAAGCGAACUGCAGUGCUUAAAGGGCCAAUGAACGAUCCGGCCCGAAAAGCGGCAAAAGAACCCAUCGAUCCGUAUACUUUAAUCUUCGAAGGCAAACUGGAUGCGCUCCGUCCCACGAUCCGAGACGUUAUGCAACUGGACGAUCCCUACAACUACACCGGUACUACAGCGACGCUGGAUACUAAAAACGUUUACAAAUUGUUCUCCAAAUACGGCGUAAUACAAAUCGUCUCCUCUCGAUCGCGACCAGAAGCUUUCAUGUCCGAAGCUGCCCAAGAGAACCCCUUCGGCACCUCAGUCGGUAUUGUGGAGAUGCCGGUCACAAAGGUUGGAGUUUUAUGGAGAAAGGACACGAAGAAAAAGAAGGCACGAUCGCCUUGGCAAGAAUGGGGCGCUGUUCUUACGCGAUCAGGGUUGUCUCUAUUUCGAAAUUCUACUUGGACAAAGAGCUUGAUGACCCAGCACGAUCAGCAUCUCAAGCGCGGCGAGACCGGCCCGGUCAUAUUCCAACCUGCACUACCCGACUUCAAGCAAGAUCACAUCAUACCAAUGGAUGGUGCAGUCGCGCUUGUAGACAACACUUACAAGAAACAUAAAAAUGCGUUUGUGAUGUUUUCCAAGGCAGGCGAGGAGACGUUCCUAGCCGACAGCGAGAGGGACUUGAACGAGUGGCUAGGUGUGCUGAACUAUACUGCUGCGUUCGAGACACUCGGUGUUCGGUCAAGAGGCAUGAUCGGUGGACUGUACGAAGGUCAAAAGAACCGUGGCAUGCGGCGCCUUGAGUCAUCGCAUUCUACCAAGACCAUACCAGCAGCCACUGGCGAUGUAACGAUUCAAAGUGGCAAGAUCGACAGCCAAUUCGCAACGCAAAUGAUGAACGCCCGAAAGGACCUCAUGCAAGUGCGCAUUACCGAAUCCGAGGACAGACUUACCCAAGCUAUAAAAGAACUGGAAGCACGCCUACGGGAUGCGAGACAUCUCCAAAUCCUUGCUCCUAUUCAACCGAAAACCCGCGAGCUCGUCAUUCACGCUGCCGGUCGGUUAUCAGCCAAGCUGAAGUGGAUACGUAUUGACAUUUGGCGGAUGAAAUGUCACCGUGAUAUUCUGGCCCAGGAGCUGGAAGACGAGAGGCAAGGCAUUGUCGACCAACAAGCGCAGAUUGACCGAGCCUCAGAGCCUACACAAGCACAGCAGCCGCAACUUUCUCCUCAGCAGUCGCAUAGAGCGUCCAAAGUCAGUGGAUUAGCGCGGUUGACUUCCAAGACCAGCUCAAUGACCAGUGGACACAAGCAAGCUCCGUUGUCCCCUACUUCAUCAGCGCGUCCAGGGACCAAGUCCUCUAGGGAUACUGACUUCGGUGGAGAUGAAGCUUUCAAGACACCACCCGAGACGACUCAGUCGAGCCCUAAAGACCCAUCGGCGCAGUUCCAAGCCUCACCCAUGUUGUUUGGUCCUAGUGCAUCUGAUCGUCGAAGUUCGUUUGCCAGCUCCUCGGCACAGUCUCCCAUGAUGUAUCCUUCCGACCAUAGGCCUUCGAUCUCGACAACCGGUGACGGCACAAUAGACUCAGAUUCUGACUCCGACUCAGAGGAUGGAUCUCGUUACGCUACUCCACCUCCAGGUGAGGCGGGUGACCUAGAGCCGAGAACACCAGAGCCGGCACCUUUCGAGGGCACUCAACCGGAAGCCGCCAUGGAUACUGACUAUGAGCAGUCUCUCGCUGCUUUGACAGGAUCGCCAAGAUCUCAUACAAAGCAAAGAAGAAGCUUACAUCGCACUCUUCGAGAGUCCCGCGGCAGCUCUUCCCACCGCCGCAGCCACAAGAGUAGAGACUCUACCUCCACGAUUACCAGUGACAAUACAGAGGGCGAGGGAGGACUGGCGCGCGGCAAGGGUAGCUUUACAGUACAUGGCAAGAAGGCGUCCGUCAUUCAGUUUGGUGGCGAUUGGCACAAUACCACGGCAGAAGAACGCUUGAAGACAGUGAAACAACUUCAAGAGGCAGCAGAAGCAAUCUCCCCUGACGAGAGGGAUGGCAGCGUUAUCAGCAACGGCACGGCGACUGCGCUAUCUCCCGGAAGCGACAGUAACGAGCCGCUUUACGUUCGUAAAAUGUCUGCAGACACUACAAAGUCGCGACAUGUGUCGUCCCAGACAAUUACACCAGCAAAUUUCCGCGAAUCAUUCAGAAUAGACCAACCUGACUCUGAUAGCGAGUCUGACAUGAGCGAUAUUGCUGAGGAGACACAACGAACCUCCGACGACCAGCCAACGAUGAAAGGCAAAAGUCCAAUUACUGAACAUGUGGAACGACCCAUGCAUAGUUCAAGAACGACUACAGCCUAA